UUGCUUGCUAUAUUAUCCUAUCAAGACUCCUUGGGUGUUUGCCACUCCACUCCUAAAUCGACGAUGGAUAAGAAGAAGAAGAAGACUCCAAGAGAUCAUCUCCAUGUAAGCAAACAAGACUCCGAGCGAGUGAGCAACCUGAGCGUCCCUCCCCAAGCAGCAGAAGCCCUCCACAGCUUCUACGAAGACUUCACCCUGAGAGGCAUCCGGGUUGACCGAUUCCAACCGGGUGGUUCCAUCUCAUGCUCUUUCACAGUCCCCCCUCGUCUCACCGAUAGAAAUGGGAAUCUGGCGGUGGGUGCGAUUGCGAAUUUGGUGGAUGAGAUUGGGGCGACGAUGGUGUAUGAAAAAGACGUCCCCAUGAAUGUUUCUGUUGAUAUGUCUAUUUCUUAUCUCUCUACGGUCAAUCUCAAUGACGAGUUGGAGAUUAGCGCAAAGCUUCUUGGCGGGAAAGGGGCUGUUAAAGGAACUCUUGUUGUUUUGAAAAACAAGUUAACCGGAGAGGUUAUCGCAGAAGGACGACAUUCGUUGUUUUCCAUAACACGAAGCAAAAUCUGACUGGUAAGAUGAGCCUGAAGCAAAGAGUUUGCUGCUGUGUGUAUAGAAGAAUACUUGAUGAUGUAUGUAUGUCCACUUUGGAUAUAGAUAUGAAUGUUUCUGUGGAUAAGGUUGUAGUAUGUAUGUAUGUAUGUUUAUAUUCCUGAAGCAUGGCCACAUAUGAAUGAGAACCGCUUUGAGAAAA